AUGUUGCCCGACAGCAAUGGCAAGAUCUUCCUUGCAGCUUGCACCACGGCUGUUUUGGUCCACCUCCACAUUGCAGGACCGCAUGUCAUUGCAGCUUUGAAGAAGCUGCCGCGCUACUGGGCAACGGAUGCUGGGAAGCGCCCCGAAGACUCUGCGUGCGUGGAAGAGAAGAUGGAGAAACUGAGGGCUGCCAGCGUACGUCAUGGCUUCCUGGCCUUUUGCCAUCUGGACUUGGUGUACUCUCUGCUCUUCUUCUGGGACUUUUUGCAAUCUCCGACCAAGGCUCGCCUCCUGGAGGUGGCAAUGAGCACUUUGUUUUACGGCGCGGGCGUCGGCAUCGGCAGCGGGUACCUGCAGAAUUCCCGCUGGAUUUGGUUUGUCGGGAGCUUUGUGUUUUUGCCCCUCUGCGACCUCAGCACUUGGGAUCCGCAGGAAUUUUCCGACUUCGAUGCGAUCACAAAGUUCUGCACGACGGUGAUCGCACACUUGGUGGGAUCGGUCUUAUACUUGGACAUAUCUAUUUCCAUUCCGUCGGCUGUCCUGCACACGUGCACCAAUGUGGCAUCGUUCAUCUACUUCAGAGGCAGCUCUCAGGUGAGUGCAGCCUUCAUGUCGUUCAUUGUCUUUAAUCUGCUUAUGCGCAUCAUCGUCCUGAGUGUGUUCGAGACGGCGGUGCGCAGUUUCUUCGGAUCACAUCGGAAGCUGGAAGAAGCCCAUUGCAUGAUUGCAGGAUUUCAACAGAUUUUGAAAGGGAUGUGCGAUGGAAGCCUCCUUCUUGAUCAAGAGCUACGCAUCCACGGUUCUACGAACUCUUUGCAGCAGCUGCUCAUGGACCGGAAAGACUUCGCAGGCACCGACUUCGAGUCGCUCAUCAUGGAUGCGUCGGGGAGGGAGCGCUUUGCGGCCUUCAUCAAGGCCUCGUCUGCUGCGACCAGCGAGCCCAGAGUCAUGACGGCGCCCUCCUGCUUACGGCUGGCUCUUAAAUCUGGCUCCGGUGGGGUCGUUUCGCUGGACACAUUUCACGCAGCAGUGCCGGGCCUGUCAGGGUCUAAGGAACCCUACCAUCUGCUGGCUUUCCUCGAGGACACCGACAGUCGUCCUGAAAUCCCGGCUCCUCCGGGCGGUGUCCCUCAGCCUUGGCGAUGGCCACAAUUUGGCACGGCGCCCGCGCACGGGCCGUUGUCAUCCCAGGCCAGCAGCAGGGCUUCCACGGCUGGAUCCGGAGCGAUGGAUGCCCUCGAGACAUUGCAGGUCGUCCGGGAGUUGGAGGAAGCGACUUUCGUGAUCGACAGCCAGACCGAGGAGCUGACCAUCUUAGAGGCGCACUUGAAGUUUGUCAAGGCACCAACGGAUGUGGAGUUCAAGCUGCAUCUGCCUUCGGUGAAGUCCAUCUCCAGGCAUACCGACUGGCCGAACCUGCAGAGAGAUCUAACUCAUUAUGCACAUCGGCUGCGUAGAGGUGCUGCACCCGACCUGCCAGCGCGCCUGCGCCCGCUUCGCGUCUGCAUUCCUGGCAAUCCGCGAAAGUACCUAAAGUCCGAGUACACGAUGCUGAGCUGCGCCAAUCGGAUCGUCUCGCGCGAUGGACCUUUGUUCCUGCACCUGCAUCUGAAGAACUUCAACAAGUCAGAGGCCUAUCCCACUCGGCCCGUCAGCCGCUUGCAGGGCUUCGCCUUCCAGGAAGAGGAGGAGCAGAGUGAUGACGAUGGACGUAGUUCUGCGGCGGCUAGCAGCGGCACCACCUGA